AUGAAAUUAUUCAAAUCAGCAUUGUUAGCAGUUGCUCAGACUCAAUUGGCAUUUUCUUUUAUGAUUGAUAGAAUUGAUUCUUUUCAAUUCAGUGAAGUAGCACCAUACAAGUGUUGGAAAUUUGACAAUAUCCAUGGUGAAACUAAAUUCAAAUUCGAUGUUACUCAUAUGGAAUUAGGUCAGAAAUUACCAGUUAAUGUUCAUGUUAAUGUGGAGCUGAUGCAUUUAGAUAAAGAUCAAGGAGAAGAAGAUUUCACUAUUCAAAGGGAUGCUUAUACCGUGUAUGAAUCUGACAUCAAAGAGAAAGAAGCAUUUGAUGUUUUAAUUGAACAACCAGGUGAAUAUUGUGUCCUGUUUAAUGAAAACUCCGAAUACUAUGGUCCUUUCAAUGCUAAUUUUGAAAUUAUUGAAAAAAUUAAUCCAAUCAAAGUUUCUCAAGAAUUAUUCAACCAUCGUGUUACUGCGCUUAUCGGUGCUUUAGUUAUUGGUGCCCUUGUUGCUCAAUAUAACAUCAAAGAUUUGAAAAACAUGUCACCAAUUUCCAGAAGACUUUUUGUUCUUGUUGUUUUGCAUUUUGCUUAUAACGUCGCUUUAUGUUUCAUUUCCAACCCAGCUAGAAGUGUUCUUUUCCAAAACACUAUUGGUAGUGUUUUGACUUGUUGGAAUACUUACGUGACAAUUAUGAUUUAUUUUGGAAGUGGGUUCAAGAACCUUGGUUACAGAGUUCCUUCCAAUAUGGCCUGGCUCAAGAGAGCAAUUAUGGCUGCACUUGUCAUCACCACCACUGUUUCCACUUCAGUAUUAUCCAACUCUGUUGUUAAAAAAAGCAUUAUGGUAGAUGGUCAACUUCAAGAUAUUUACUUGCACAAGGAUAAUGGUCCAUAUAUUCUGCAACCAUAUCUCCAAUCUCUUGUCAAUGGGGUUGUUUCUGUUCUCGGUGUUGCACUUUUGGUAUGUGUUACCAUUCUCCCAUUCAUCUACGGAUUUGUCAUCUACAAUCGUUUCAGUAAAUCUGGUGAACACGUCAAUCAAGAAUUGAUGAGAAAAACAUUGGUUUUCCAUGGUAUUUAUGCUUGGUUUAUUGGUUCUGCAUUAUACUAUUAUUUUGAUUUUAUGAAAUUAUUUGAAGAGUAUGUCCCAGUUGUUAUUUUAUUUGUCAUCUGGUUCUCUGAAAGACCAUAUGUCGCUCUGAAAGGUUUUGAAGAUUUUGGCAGUUUGAAUGGUAUUAAGGAAUUCUAUUUGUAA